AUGAUGAAGCAAGAGAAGUUGCACAUGCUGGCCGCUCGCUUCAUUUGUGCUCGGGCUUCGGCCGUCAACGCCGUCCUCCUCUCGUCCUCUAGGAACUUCUCGCGAUCAUCCGUCGCCAUGGUUAAGGUCCGCAAGGAGCGUGAUACCUUUGGUGAACUUGAAGUGCCGGCAGACAAGUAUUAUGGAGCUCAAACUGCACGUUCACAGAUGAACUUCAAAAUAGGUGGUCCAGAGGAGCGCAUGCCACUUCCAGUCGUGCAUGCUUUUGGAAUUCUGAAGAAAGCCGCCGCAAUGGUGAACACUGAGUUCGGUCUCGAUAAGAAGCUUGCUGAUGCGAUCUGCCAAGCGGCUGAUGAAGUUGUCGCUGGGAAGCUAGAUGACCAUUUCCCUCUUGUCACAUGGCAAACAGGGUCUGGUACUCAGUCAAACAUGAAUGUGAACGAAGUCAUCUCGAACAGGGCAAUUGAAAUCCUCGGAGGAGAACUUGGCUCGAAAAAGCCUGUUCACCCUAAUGAUCAUGUGAACAUGAGCCAGUCUAGUAAUGACACCUUCCCAACAGCUAUGCACAUUGCUGUCGCCAGAGAGAUUAAUGCACGUCUUCUACCUGCAUUGAAGCAGUUCCACGAUUCACUCCAGAAGAAAUCUAAUGAGUUCAAAGAUAUCAUCAAAAUUGGUCGUACUCACACUCAAGAUGCUGUGCCUCUGACUCUCGGCCAGGAGUUCUCCGCUUACGUGCAGCAGGUUGAGAAUGGCAUCGAACGUGUCAAGGGAACGCUUCCGCGACUCUACCAACUUGCUGCGGGUGGAACUGCUGUCGGAACCGGUCUAAAUACUCGUAAGGGCUUUGCGGAGAAGGUUGCCAAGACUGUCUCUGAUCUUACUGGGCUGCCAUUCACUACUGCUCCAAACAAAUUCGAGGCAUUGGCUGCGCAUGAUGCUCUUGUCGAAGUUCACGGUGCUCUCAAUGUGUUGGCCGCUUCAUUUAUGAAAAUCGCGAACGAUAUACGUUUCCUCGGAUCUGGACCAAGAUGUGGUUUGGGAGAAUUGUCUCUUCCUGAGAACGAACCUGGAAGCUCGAUUAUGCCAGGAAAGGUGAACCCUACCCAAUGUGAGGCUAUGACUAUGGUGGCUGCUCAGGUUAUGGGAAAUCAAGUUGCAGUCACCGUCGGAGGAUCAAACGGCCAUUUCGAACUCAAUGUUUUCAAGCCACUUAUGGUGAAGAAUGUUUUGCAAUCAACUAGGCUUUUGGCUGAUUCUGCUGUAUCCUUCUCUGUGAACUGUGUUGAUGGCAUUGUCGCAAACAGAGACAACAUUGCGAAGAUCAUGCGUGAAUCACUUAUGCUCGUCACUGCCCUCAACCCACAUAUUGGUUAUGACAAUGCUGCAAAGAUUGCUAAGACUGCUCACAAGAAUGGCACGACUUUGAAAGAAGAAGCGAUCAAGCUCGGUAUUCUUACAGAAGAACAAUUCGGUCAAUGGGUGAAACCGGAGAAUAUGCUUGGUCCUAAGUAA